AUGAACCGUUUCUAUCACUAUGCAGUUGUGUUCUUCGUGAUCGCGUGCAACGUUAUGCACGGAAUUCAGAUUCACCUGGACGAAUACCACUUUGAAUCUUGGAGUGACGUACUAACCUACCCCAGUGAUUCGUACCACAUCGAAUAUAUUAAUAGCAACGACUUGUAUGGUUGGAGGAGGAAACGGGGAUUUUUCUCCUCGUUCAAAAUUCCGGGCUACACCGAGUACGUUGACAAAAACGAUGAGAAAACAGAAGCCGAGAAUACAAUCAUCACUUCUGACGCCGACGUCACAACCACCGUCAACUCCGAGAUGACUGCGACUGCGGCGAAUAUCAAGGCAACCUACAGGAGCUUAACGGACGCGACCCAAUCGUCUAAAGAGACACACAUCGUAUGUAUCGGGCCGGUCGUGGAGAAAAGCUUGGUGGAGGCCGGACAGUACCUGCCACUGGUUAAUAAGUUGACUAAGUACAUCAUACCUAACUUAUCGAUGUAUUACGUGGUCACGUUGUCCUUGAACGUGGCGUCAUUAACCACGCAGGGGGCCGAGGACUAUGCAAACAACGAAGUAACCGGAGCUCAGACCGAACCCGAUGAUGGUGCUACGAUUGGUCAAUAUGCGACUGGCAUAUACGACAAGUUUAAAGAUGCUUUUAAAACACAUUUUGGACACGUUACGAAUUAUUUCUCGGAUAGAGAAAAAACAAAUUCAUCGGUAGAAACGCAUAGUAUUUUCGAUCACUUGAAAAGUAAAAUUAAUAUUUUUGGCAGUUUUAUGAACAGCGUCGACUCACCCCAAACUGAAAACAAAGAAACCCAAACUGAAACAAUAGUAACACAAACGUAUAUGGAAGGUUCUCAACCCCCCAUAACCAACACGAUUGUAACAAAAACAUAUGAAAGUGGUGAUGAAUCGAUCCACCAACCAACAAAUGGCGAAACAAAUAAUGUCAUAUUCAACACUAAACUAUUAGAGAAUGGAAAACAAAAAAUUGGUAAAAUAAUAACUGAGAUGAAAAAUGAAUUUAAUAGCAAUGAAAACUCAGCGAAUGACUCUGAUGUUGAAGCUUACGAUGAUGAUAAUGAUGAUGAACCCAUGAACGAUGAUGAUAAUGAUAAUGAUGAUGAACCCAUGAACGAUGAUGAUAAUGAUAAUGAUGAUGAACCCAUGAACGAUGAUGAUGAUGGAACCAUGAACGAUGACGAUGAUGGAACCAUGAAAGAUGAUGAUUAUGGACCUAUGAACGAUGAUGAUGAUGAUGAUGAUGGAACCAUGAACGGUGAUAACGAUAAAAACAAUAAUAUUCAAAUAAAUGAAGAAGAUUUCAACAAAGUUAUGCAAGAAUCCAUGGUUUUCCAGCCUGACUUUAUAAAAACACUUGAUGGCAAGAAGUUGUUGAACCGCAUAGAUGAAGUGCAAAAAUCAUUAUCAAAUCCUAACCCCAACAAUAGAAAAACAUUUGAAGCUUUAACAGAGGAAUUGGGCAUUGAUAAACUCUAUUCUGAUGAUCAUGUAAAUGAACUAAUCGACGUUCUCGAAAAAAUUACGAACUAUUUCAUAGUUAAGGCUAUUGAAAAAAAUGAAUCAUUAACGAUGCCACCCACAUCAUCCACACCACCCACACCACCUAUGGAUUAG